AAAAGGAAAAGGAAAGGGGAAAACGUCGGGAAAUGCGCGACGGUUUUGCGAUGAUGAGGGACAAAGGUCAUUAUUGAUCGGCAAUGCGAGGGAGGGUGCGCGACACGGAGUCUCAAUAGGAACGUAUUUUGCGAUUGCGAGCCACCCUAACAAUCCUGUUCUGAGAUUUGGCCGGCUAGUGUUGUUAUUGCCGGAUUCCCGUCACCAUGUCAGGCGACAGGGACUAUAUUGGAUUUGCGACUCUUCCGGAACAAGUGCACAGGAAAUCGGUGAAAAGGGGAUUCGAAUUCACGCUGAUGGUCCUGGGUGAGACAGGAUUGGGGAAAUCGACAUUGAUAAAUAGUCUUUUCCUUGGUGACCUCUACAAAGAUCGACGAAUCCCAGAUGUAUCGGAGCGUAUAGAAAAAACCACUUCAAUUGAGAAGAAAACGAUGGAUAUAGAAGAAAGAGGCGUCAGGUUACGACUGACGAUCGUGGAUACUCCUGGUUUUGGCGAUUCAGUGAAUUGUGAGGAUACAUGGAAAGCGUGUUCCUCAUACAUAGACGAACAAUUCCGACAGUAUUUCACAGAUGAAAGUGGACUGAAUAGAAAAAAUAUACAGGAUAACAGGGUGCAUUGUUGUCUCUAUUUUAUUCCUCCAUAUGGACAUGGGCUGAGGCAGUUGGAUCUGGAAGUGUUGAGACGGUUGCAUCGUAAAGUGAAUGUAGUACCUGUAAUUGCGAAAGCUGACACUCUUACGACUCAAGAAGUGAAGAAAUUAAAAGAGCGCAUACUUGCUGAUAUUGAAGAGCACGAAAUUCAGGGGCUUUUUGGAUCUCUGUUUAUGACUAUGAGGUCGCUGAUUAUGAAUCAGCUUGAAAGAAAGUUUUUUUUAGACAUCAAAUAUGGUCGUUGCAGAAUGAAUGCAAUUGAAUGUUUCCUCUGCCAGUUCCACAAAAGCGUCGCCAGCGCCAUCAGAAGACUCGAGGGAAAGACGUUUUGCGCAAUGAGUGUAACAUACGCGAGUCGCUUCGAAGCCGUGUUUCUGUGCACGAAUCCAAAAGGACCCAAAAUGACAUUCUCAGCGGCUGUGCGCUACAUGAGAAACUCAAAGGACUUUGUAAGGAAGUGGGUGAAGCGUGAUAAAGAUGUAGAAAACGAAGAUUUGACAGACAGGGAAAGAUGCGUGUGA